AUGUGCGUGGGUGUGGUCACCUCCGGCGAAGACAUGGAGAUCGACGCCAGCUCCCGUGGCGUCUCUAGCUUUCCUCUCUCGGUUGGACAGAGAAUGCUAGAACAGACGGAGCUGAUGGCGGUGGAGAUCAACGUCAUCCGUGUUCGGAGAUAUAUGUUUUUUACAAAACCCCAGAAAGUUAAGCCACCCGAAGACCUCCAGGACCUCGGAGUGAGAUUUCUUCAACCCUUUGUCAACUUGGUUUCCAAGGCAACGUAUUGGUGGAUGAACACGCUGAUCAUAUCGGCUCACCGGAAGCCGAUCGACCUGAAGGCGAUCGGGAAGCUGCCGAUCGCGAUGCGAGCGCUGACCAACUACGUCUCCCUGAAGGACGCAUACGAGGAGCAAAAGAAAAAGGUGGCCGACCAACCAAAUCGUAUCCCUUCCAUUUGGCUGGCCAUGUACCGGGCUUUUGGCCGGCCGAUCCUCCUUAGCAGCAUGUUCCGUUACCUGGCUGACCUUCUGGGCUUCGCCGGACCGCUCUGCAUUUCCGGCAUCGUUGACAGCUUCAACAACAGCUCCGAGGAUGCCAACAAACCACUACUUGACUCGACGCAGCCGUAUCUGACCUCGCACGAUUUCCUUAAAACCGCUUACGUCCUGGCGAUUCUCCUCUUCCUGGCCCUCAUCCUGCAAAGGACCUUUCUCCAGGCCUCCUACUACGUUGCCAUAGAAACAGGCAUUAACCUACGCGGUGCUUUACUGAUCAUAAUGGGUGUGAUCCUGCUCUACCACUUACUAGGGAAAAGUGCCUUGGUUGGUGCCGCUGUGAUUGUACUGCUGGCUCCGAUACAGUAUUUCAUAGCAACAAAGCUGGCUGAAGCUCAGAAGAGCACGCUUGAUUAUUCUACAGAGAGGCUGAAGAAAACCAAUGAAAUCCUGAAAGGCAUCAAACUGUUAAAACUGUACGCGUGGGAACAUAUAUUCUGUAGAAGCGUGGAGGACACCAGGAUGAAGGAACUCACCAGUCUCAAGACAUUUGCCCUUUACACGUCUCUUUCCAUUUUUAUGAAUGCGGCUAUACCGAUUGCAGCUGUCCUCGCG